AUGGCGCUCGCGAUUCUGGCCGCUGCGUCCCCACUGCUCCGACAGGGACACCGAGCGUCGAGGGGCAGGGCUUGCGGUCCCAGCCAAGAUCCCCGACCCUUCUCUUCCCCUGUAGUGUACCACUGGGUCGAGAUGCGGGCCAAGAUGCGCCUCAUGGGCUUCAAUGCGGAAACCAUCAAGCCACUGAAUGAGGAGGCGGCCGCGGAGCUGGGUGCCGAGCUGCUGGGCGAGGCCACCAUCUUCGUGGUGGCCUGCGGCUGCCUGGUGCUGGAGUACUCGCGACAAAAGACGCAACAGCGUCGCAAGGAGGGGGAGCAGCUCGCCGCCUGGGACGCGAUGCGGGACGAGGUGGACCACCUGGCGCUGGUGCUGGAGGCCCUGCAGGCGCAGGUGCAGGCGGCGCCGCCGCCGGCCGCCCUGGAGGAGCUGCAGGCGCAGAUGCGAGACCUGCGCGCCCAGCUCUGCAUCCAGGACCUGCCACCGGCGCCCCAGGCAGAGCCCACACCAGAGGAUGAGGGGCCGCCAGACCCAGGUCUCGGACAGGACUGAUGUCUGGGCUGCCAUGUCUGUCCACACUGUCCCUCCCUGAUCCCGCCCAGCUAAUACCACCAGGCCCCUUUAGGGGCAGUCGGGAUUCUGGACAAGGGUUGAUCCAACCAGGCUUUUGGUCACCUCCCUACUAACCUGCCCGGUGAGGGGUACCUUCUACUGGGACUCCCCCAUCCACUGGUGAAACGUUCCAGCCCAACCCCCCACCCCUACUCCACUGGUUUAGCACUUUGGAAUGGAGAGGCCGUGUCUUCAUUGGACCCCACCCACCCACCACUACACCAUCUCUCAUUUUAUCACUCACAUCUUCAACCUACCUGAGGAGUGGUCCUCUUCCUGGGACCCCCAUCUACCUUUUCCCCCUUCUUCACUGGUACAGAACAUUGUAGUGGAAAUACAGAAACCUGUGAUGGACUUCCUGACCCCAUGACCUUCCAUCUACCUCACUCUUUUAGGGGGUUAGGAAUAGGAUGGAUCUUGGCAUGCAUUAGCUCUUCUGAGUCACUCUGUGUCUCCUGUAUUUAGUCCACCAUUGGUAUCCUGACUGGGGUCCUCCCCUCUUUAAGUGGAUCCCCCCGCCUUCCCUCCAUCCAAAUCUGCUCUUCCGAGUACUCAGGGAUUCCCCCUUACUUUCUGCCUUUGAACUGGACACUCAGUUACCACCCCUCACCUUCAUGCAAAGUCUUCCUCCAGUGAAGUCUGCCUCUCAGCCCUGAAGUUCCCUACCUCCAACAGAAUGGAAUAAUUCCACCAGGCAGUUACCUACCUCACCUACCCCCUGCCCACCUAAUGAACCACUGAAGGGGUAUGUAUGACAGCUGAUUCCUGAAUUCUACUUUUUUUUUUUUGAGACUGUAAAUAUUGUAAUAAUUAAAGGAGCUCUGGGAGGAAAAAUGUCAUCUUAAGAAAGUGUCUUGAGAACCAUGAUGUACAUCUGCCAAAUGGGUACAAGGCUCCCUAAAAUUAGAACCUCAAAGGGUUCCCAGUGGGAGAAGGCCUGAGUCAUCCUUUGAGCCCUUUCCCAGACCAAAACACCAAGGUC